UGUACGCUGACCAAAUGAGUUUUCAAUGUUUUCAAUCUGUACUUCCCUUUUCUUUUUCUUGGAAGCAAUCUAUUUGACUAUGAAUUCUUGUUUUGCCAACUGGCUCAACUACAACUGUUCACACGCCAUUAUUUUGUUUCAACUUUUAUAGUUUGGGGGAGUUUAUAUUCGAAUUUGUUGAUUGUGAAUUUUUACCGAGAAUAUAACUCUUACUUGGAUUCAACGCCUUCUUCCUGUUUUGUCAGCUUAUAGUAUUUGUUCCAUACAGUUACCAUUGAUUAUAAGGUUCUGAUUUUGAUUGAGGAAGCUCAGAAUUCGUAUCAGAAUGGUUUCGGUUGAUAAUGGUAAAGAUGAAAUUGAGGAAUCUAAUGGAACUAACGUAAAGGAUUUUGUUUCCAUAGAUAUUUCAACUUCUCGAAAAACAUUGUUGAGCAGUGAAAAUCCUCAGAGAAAAUUCCAGGGCACCUUGAGUUCUAUUCCUAAUAGGAUCAAGUUCUUGAAAUUUGGUUCUGCAUCUGCCAAGUUCAAGCGCCUUGCCACUGAGAAGGACCAGUUUUCACAAUCUGUGCCUGCUACCAGUUCACAUAGCUUAAGAGAACGCUUCAGUGGCAUGUUUGGUAAGAAACUUGACUGGGGUUCACUCAAGACCAUGUGCAUAGAAUGGAUUAGGGACCCAAUGAACAUGGCCCUCUUUGUGUGGAUCCUCUGCGUUGCUGUUUCGGGUGCAAUUCUGUUCCUUGUCAUGACUGGCAUGUUGAAUGGUGCGAUACCAAAUAAGUCCGAGAGGAACGCAUGGUUUGAAGUAAACAAUCAAAUACUCAAUGCAUUGUUUACGCUAAUGUGUUUGUACCAACAUCCCAAGAGGAUCUACCACCUUGUUCUUCUGUGCAGAUGGAAUCCAAAAGAUAUAUCCAGACUUAGAAAAGUGUACUGCAAGAAUGGAACUUAUAAGCCUCAUGAGUGGGCACACAUGAUGGUAGUGGUGAUUCUCCUUCAUCUGAACUGUUUUGCUCAAUAUGCACUUUGUGGUCUAAACUUGGGGUAUAAAAGAUCACAGCGCCCAGCCAUAGGAGUUGGAAUAUGUAUAUCUUUUGCAAUCGCUGCACCUGCAAUCGCUGGUCUGUAUACCAUUCUUAGCCCACUAGGUAAAGAUUAUGAUUCUGAGAUGGAUGAAGAAGCGCAGGUUCAAAAUUCUGUUACUCAAAAGCAAGAUCAGCUGAGAGUGAAAUCAUUUGAGAAGAGAUAUUCAUUUGCACCCAAAGAUGAACAAAGGAUUAUUGAAAAUAAACCACGGUGGAGCGGAGGAAUACUUGACCUUUGGGACGAUAUUUCUCAAGCAUAUCUAUCACUUUUCUGUACAUUUUGUGUCUUUGGGUGGAAUAUGGAGAGACUUGGUUUUGGAAACAUGUAUGUUCAUAUUGCCACUUUUAUGCUGUUCUGUAUGGCUCCCUUCUGGAUUUUUAUCUUGGCUGGUGUUAACAUAGGGGAUGACACUGUUAGGCAGGCUUUAGUAGCUGCUGGGAUCCUUCUAUGUUUGUUUGGUUUACUGUAUGGUGGCUUUUGGAGGAUCCAAAUGAGAAAGAGGUUCAAUUUGCCUGCUUAUGACUUCUGUUUUGGCAAGCAUGCAGCUUCUGAUUGCACACUUUGGCUAUGCUGUUGCUGGUGCUCUCUUGCUCAAGAAGUACGCACGGGGAAUGCUUAUGAUGUUGUACAAGAUAAAUUCUACAGGAAAGAAACUUGUACUGUUGACCAACCGCCAAUUUCACCUUUGCCUCGUGAAGAUGUGGCAUCAUCCAAAUCUGGCACAAGUUCUCCUCUUGGUAACAACUCUUCCCCUUCUAUAACCAAACCAUCUAGUCCUCUAAGUUCAAGCAGUUUCUUUAAGGGAUAUUAUAGUCCAAAUAGGCCACUAUCUUCAGUAAAAGAAGAGCUUCCCGAAAAAGGUAAAGAUGGAACAAUGAACCCACCUACUCCACCAUUAAUACAAAGAGAUUCUCCUUAGUCCCUGAAGGAAAAAGCCAGGGAUCUUUUGUGCUUGCUAUUUAUAUUUAUGACGUUAUAUGGAAUGUUCAUUAAAUUUUGGAUUCAGUGCAUCCUAAGUCAUGGUUUUACUCUCACAGAUCUCUGAUGCUCAUUUAUAUCAGCCAUGUAUUUUAGGAAGCAGAUUUUAGAUGUUGAUUAUCAGUCACAUUAUGUAAUUAUUUGAGUAGAUAUCUGUGUGAAACA